AUGGCCAAUCUCAUGACAGUUCGUCUGCAGCGUGGCGAUGGUCAGGCCUGGGGCUUCCGUCUGCAGGGUGGCAAGGACUUUUCCGCCCCCUUGGUACUACAGAGAGUUAACGGUGGCAGCGUUGCCGACCAGGCCGGUCUGAUGGCUGGCGAUGCGCUGAUCAAGGUCAACGGAACGGAAGUCUUCAACAUGCGUCACAAGGAGGCCCAGGACGUUAUCGUGGCCGCUGGAAACUCGUUCGAGCUGUCUGUGUCGAGAGGAGGCGCAACCUGGAGGCCAUCUGUUACACCGACUGGUUCGCUCCCGUCUCCUUCACCGUCGCUGCCCGGCAACAUCACACCGGUAACGAGAACCUCACUCGCUGCGACGCCCCAGGAGAUGAAGCCCAUCGGUAGCGGUCACAAUACUGCCGCCAAACCGUUUGCUGCGGUUAACGGAAAUGAUGGACAGAUCAAGAGCAUUGUUAACAACCAAUAUAACACCCCGGUUGGUAUGUACAGCGAUGAAACCAUCGCCGAAACGCUGUCCUCGCAAGCGGAGGUCCUCGCCGGAGGAGUCCUCGGUGUAAACUUCAAGAAGAACGAGCGUGUAUACUCGCCGGCCAACUCCGAGGUGUACAAGAUGCUGCACGAGCAAGGAGAUGACCCCGAACCAGACAGUGUUUACUCUAACAAUUUCCAUUACUCGGUCAAUAAACUCGAAUCAGCUUCAUCGCAUUUCUACGCCACGCAAAGCCACGCCAUCGGUGGUUAUGCUACGGCUGGUCGGUUGCCGGUCGGUUCGCUGACUGGUGGCCGUCCCCGGGGCCCAUCGCCCCUGCCGCCGCAUGUGCAGGGCCAGGUUCCCCGUCCGCCCAUGCCGAAACCACCGAUGAUGCAGCCCCAACCGCAACGUCCUGCACCACAGCCAGCCGCGCCGAUCCAGGCCCCGCUGAAGGUUGCUUUCCCGCCCCAACAACAGCAAGCAUCAGCUCCGGCACCGGUUUCUGGCCAGGCGCCCGCUCCAGCGCCUACAUCGGCUUUCCGCCCAGCACCGAAUACCGCCCCGAGGUCCGGUAUUCCGCCGAAGGUUCACAACGAGGGACACAAGACUGGCGUACAAGCCAUCUCUGCUGCUCUCAACGCUCAUGCCAACUUGAAUGGCCGCUCGCAGUCACCGUACGGCAAUAAUACUACACUCGGCCAAUCGCCGUCUCAUUCACGAUCGAGCAGCACGACUUCGUCGAGCGGAUACUGCAACUCGAGCUCGUUAUCGCCGGUGCAGUCGAACAAGGUGUCCCCGUUGCAUUCGCGCACCAGCAGCGAAAACGAGCUGAUCGAUCGCAGCCACAGCAGCAACAGCAACAGCAGCAAUUGUGAGCUUUCUGGCACCGCCUUCCCAGCCUGUCCAUCGUCCCCGUUACCACCGCCACCGCCGCCACCACUAACGAUGGAGGAGGAAAACACAUCCCGGACACUCCAGCCGAUCGGGACGGCCGGAACCGAAUCGCAACCAGUGUUCGGUGCCAACGGAUUGGCCACCCCAGCAUCGGAGGGUGAGCAGACCGAUGCGGGCGCAACCGAGAAUGGGACGGUUACGCAAAACGAUUACGGAUUUUAUUACCAGACGAUGGGAGGACGCGUCAUUCGAAGCGUACUUCCACCGGGAAAGAACUCCACCUACAAGGUAAACCAGAACAACAUUACGCCGAAGCCGUUCGGUGCCCCACUUCCGGUGAGCCCACUGGCUCAGGUUCAGCCACCGGCAUCGUACCCGCCAGUGGCCGGAAGUGUUCCGACCCCAUUCUCGGCCGCUCUUGUCGGUGCUCAGGCACCGGCACCUGCUCCGGUCGCUGCUCCGGCACCGGCACCAGCCCCAAUGGCGGCCCCUGCAUCGAUGGCAGCCCCGGCCCCAGCCAUGACACCGGCGUCCGUGCCAACUCCACAAGAUGGUACUGAAGACGAAGCAUCGGCACAAGAAAUGGCUGAAGGUGAGCAGGACGGUGAACGGGAUAGGAGUGAAUCGCCUGCUCCAGUGUUUGCCUGGCCUCCGAAGCCCGAAGUCGUGGACACAAUACCGACGGCAACACCGAUCUAUAUAGCACCGCCGGAAACACAGCGAGUGAUCAUCAAACCGAUCACCGUCGUGCCGCCGAUGAAGGUGAAAGAAAAAUCGAAAACUCCACCAGAUGGGCCGCAAGAGCAACAGAGCAAGCAGAGUAAGUCCGCGCCGGAACUGAGUCAUCGCGCUGGACAGGAUGAGCAGCGGCAGCAGCAGCAAGAUGAGGAAGAUCUGUCGGACUCUUUCGGCAUGACAACUACCACCACAACGACGACGGCGAACUCCGCAUCAUCCGAGGAGUACCGCAUGUACCAGACGCAAACGUCACAACCGAUCGUGACAUACUACGAUACGCCCCAGUACGAGCUCGAGCAUCCAUUCUCAUCCGGACAGCGAAGCGCACAGGCAAGUACGGGCGCAAUGUCCGACGCAUCCUAUACGCACUUCGUCUUCCGUGAUCCCCCACCAGAGGAGGAGGAGGAGGGUGAGGCAAUAGUGGAGGAACCACCAGAGGAGCAGCCGGUAGCAGCGCCCGCUGACGCAGAACGUCCGCCGAAGCGCGUCGAGUUCGUCGACUAUGGCCGCGAGCUGGAACGCUACGUGCGCGCGGAGCAGGAGAAGGAGGCAAGGCGCCGCGCAUUGGAGGCCGAGAUGGCGGAAGCGGCAAAGCGAGUGGAGGAGCCACCGCACUACUCACUGCCCACGAUACCGCCGACCGAACCGCCCCAUCUGCCACCGUCGACCAUACCAAACCCGACCCCGAAACAAUGGCAGUCGGCGUUGGUGCAGGCGCUGUGCGUGGCGCCACCCGACCCGAUCCACCUGACCGCGGAACAGAUUGAGGAGGCGAACUUUAUGCGCUCCCGCAACGAGGCGUACCGGCGCGAGCAGGAGGAAACGAAGAUGCGCCAGCUGGAGGCGCUGCGGCGGCAGGUCGACGCACUCGAGCGACGGAUCGGCAAGCAGCCGGAACCGGAACCGGAACCGAUACCUGCCGGGCCGCCGCUCUCAGUGCCGCGUAAGGGCGAGGUGAUGGCGAAGCUGCUCGCAACGUCGACCGCCCGCUCGCAGCGCUUCCCGGCGCACUACGUACCGGUGGUGCCGCUGCCGGCCGAAACUCAACCCUACUUUCCGCCUCCCCACUCGAUGGAACCGAUCCGGAACGAGAAAAUUUCAUCCAUGCGCAACGAGUCACCGUUCGUCGAGGCUCUCAAGACCGCUCCGUACACUCCGUUUCAGCAGUUCGGGCGCGAGAUACCGUCGCAGAUGGAGGACCUGCCCGUGCCGAGCGGGAGGCUCUCGAUGAUGGAUGCGCUGGCGACGGCUUCCGACCGUCCCUACACACCGUUUAGUGAGGUGCGGUUCGAUCGCACCUCCGAGGUGUACCAGGAGAUGGUCCGGGAGCAGCCCUCGGUGCCGGUAGAUCCAGACCGGCAGUGCUCAGCGUUCGCGAACGUCGGUGGCAAUCGGACGCCGAAACCGUUCGCGCCGAUCGUGCCCGAAAUUCGUGAAGUACCGCCGGUGGAAGAGUCGACCAAAGAGGAAAGAUCCCCGGACAAGACGGCGGAGUCUUCGCGGCGCAGUUCUACGGUGGCGGAAGAUAGCCGUAGGUGUUCGAAAGUGGCCGUGGAAGAGAGCCGUCGCUGCUCGAAUGUGGCGGCAGUGGAGAGUCGGCGCAGCUCGACCGCGACGGUGCAAAGUCGCCAUGAGUCUGGUGGACAGGACAGCCGUCGUGGAUCGGGCGGCACCGGCUCCGAACCUGUGCCACAAAAGCCACUCGUCACCGUAGAAACGGUUCCGCUCUAUCCGGGACGGGAUAGUCAUCCGCCAGAACACUACUCUCUGGCGCUACGACGUGAAACGAGCUCACCGUUGAACAAACCAGCCGAGAUCCCACCGUACCAGCGCAAGUGGUUCAAUCUGCCAACGCAGAACCCACCGCGCACUCCCGAGCCCGAGGAGCUGCGCUCGAACGUUCCGCUGGCCUUUGUAAAUACACACUCGCACACUGCUAACCUUUCGAAGCCGAUAGCGAAACCGCCGGCACCUGUAAAUAAGCCGCCAGCAGCGUACACCACCAUCCAAAACCGUACCAUCCCGGUCGUUCAGCCGCAGCCGCCGGAGCUGGACGCCGAGCUGGCACAGUACCACAGUGCUCACGCGCGUCUCCAACACAAAGGUGUCAUCGAUCGUGGCCAAUCGUUCACGCCAUCACUCAUCCUGACCAAGCACGCGACCACCAUCCCGUACUAUCAGCAUCAGCUCGGGUUCGAGGAGUACUUUGCCGAAGUGAAGCAGUUCGAUGGCCACACGACACCGCAGCCCAGUCGCACCAAGUCACCGGCGUUUGGUCCGCCGCCGAAUCCGCUCAAGCCACAUGUACCGCCGUCGCGUGAGGGCAUACCGGUCGAGUCCGGGCUGUACCUGUCCAUGGGUAAGCUGCACGGUGUGCCGUGGUACGCCAACAAGGACCACGUGCCGGCCGACAUCCAGAAGAAGAUGCAGGAGCAGCUGCAUCUGGAAGCUACGCAGCGGUACGGACGUAGCGUGCAGCAACAGCAGCAACAUCAUGAGGUCACACACCAACAGGUAACGAUGAGUAACAGCAGUGUGACGGCUACGGAGCAGCAGCAACGUCUCUCCAGGGAACAGGCAUCGGCAGAACGGGCGAUUCAAAGCGCCCAGCAGGUAGGCAAUGCGUUGAUCCAAAAGCGAACGCGCUUCGUAGAGGAACACGAAUCUAGUAGUCGCAGCCAGUCCGUGUCGCGAACCGGCAACAGCGAUAGCUCACGAUAUUCUUCCAAAAUCAAGGAAGACGAAGCGCCCCAGAAGGGGUUCGUGGCACAGCAGACGCGCCGCUUCUCGGGCCAGGACGAGGCCCUUAAUCUACCGCCCCAGAGCGAACAGGACCAGAAGCUGCAGCAACAGCAGCAACAGGAACAGGAGCAGGCAGCCCUUAUCCAGCAGCUGCAGGAAGAGCAGCUUAAGCGGCAGAUGGCCGUUGAAGUGCCGGUGAAACCACCACCAGCACCGAUCCGGCACGUAGAACCGCCCACUCCCAAGCCGGCACCGCCACCGUCUCAAUUCCCCUCGACCGAUCCGUUCGCGGAGGAGUUUGUCGAUCACUUCCCGAGCGUUAGUGCGCGCAAGGCUAGCCUGCUGCUACCACAAAAACCGACAACCGGACGCUCGGAAUGUCCGAGCCCGAGCUCGUUCAAGGCCCAGUUCAACGAGUUCAUAAUCGGUGCCGGCCCGAUACCGGCGAUGCCACCGAUGCGCGAAGAGGACGAAGGCGUGCCGGCCGACACCCGGAGCGACACGCAAAAGCUAAUCCAAUCGUGGCCCCCGCAACUACCACCCCAGAUCGCCCCGGCGGUGGCUUCUAACAACGGCGCGCCCCCCACCAACGGUGCGGCACCGCCAACACCCGGCAGCAAGCCGUCCAGCCGCAGUAACAGCACGGCUUUCCUUGACUUCCUUAACCGCCCUACGUUCAAUCCGAAUACUGAUCGUUCCACUGUCGGUGCAGGUUCGAACGCGUACAAUAAAGGACGGGCGGCGUGCUCCACGUCGGCCCCCAACCGUGGACGGGGCGUGAUGAACAAGGCCGUCGGACCGGGCGGUCGCGUCCCACUGUGCGGAUGCUGUCAGCAGCAGAUCAGAGGACCAUUCAUCACUGCAUUGGGACGCAUCUGGUGUCCGGAUCAUUUCAUCUGUCACAACGCGAACUGCAAGCGCCCAUUGGCCGAUAUCGGAUUCGUCGAGGAGAAGGGCGAUCUGUACUGCGAGUACUGCUUCGAGGAGUUCUUGGCCCCCCUGUGCUCGAAAUGCAAUGGCAGAGUCAAGGGUGACUGCCUGAAUGCGAUCGGUAAGCAGUUCCAUCCGGAGUGCUUCAAGUGCACGUACUGUGGCAAGCAGUUCGGUAACAGCCCGUUCUUCCUGGAAGAGGGUGACCCCUACUGCGAGAAGGACUGGAACGAUCUGUUCACGACCAAGUGCUUCGCUUGCGGAUUCCCCGUCGAGGCCGGUGACAAGUGGGUGGAGGCGCUGAACAACAACUACCACAGCCAGUGCUUCAACUGCACCAGCUGCAAAAAGAACCUCGAAGGACAGAGCUUCUUCGCGAAGGGUGGCCGUCCUUUCUGCAAAAACCACGCUCGCUAAUCGGCUGGCCC